AUGGCGAGCGACGUCGCCGAGCAGGCCGAUUUGGCCCCGACCCAGCGGGAAGCUCUAGAUCAAUACAUUCAAGUCACGGCCCAGGACAUAAAAGAUGCCAUUCCUCUCCUACAAAGGUCGGAAUGGAACAUUGCGAUAGCAAAGUACUUUGAUGGUGAAGGACCCGAUCAUCUCGCGGAGGCUCGGGCCGCCCAGCAAGGUCCGGCGGCCUCUGCUCGAUUCGACAAUCUCCAAGAAUCUCUCCACAACUCUCCUCGAACAAGUACAAGCCGUCCCAGAGAACCGCAACCCGACCCAGCGCCUCGCAUCGUACCCCAACCUCAAAGGACCCACCGACCGCCCUUCCUUCUAACGCUCUUGUUCGCGCCCUUUACGAUUGGAUAUCGAGUUGCAGCAGUGGGCGUGAGGCUAGCCCUUUACAUACUUUCAUUCCUGCCUCAUCCCAUACGGCCCAGGCUACUCACAAACGCUGUGGUUACGGGCUUCCGUAGCUCGUCGGGCCGAAGGAUGUUGAUGCCCGCCGACACCGCGUCGAGAUUCAAGCGUGAAUUUGAGGAGGAAUACGGCCCCAACGAGCUACCGUGGUUCGAAGGUGGCUUUGCCCAGGCACAGGACUUGGCCAAGAAGGAGCUGAAGUUCCUUUUGUUUGUCCUAGUGUCGCCGGAACACGACGAUACGGAGUCGUUUACGAAAGAAACUCUCCUGUCACCAGAAGUUGUCUCUUUCAUUCGGGACCCCUCUAAUAACAUCAUUCUUUGGGGCGGAAAUGUCCUCGACUCCGAGGCGUACCAGGUGUCGACGGAAUAUAACUGCACAAAGUUCCCCUUCUCCGCCCUCGUCUGCCUUACUCCCAAGCACGGCAGCACUCGUAUGGGCACGGUCAAGCGACUUGUAGGCUCUAUGCCUCCAUCGCAGUACAUCGGCGAGCUCCGAUCCGCCAUCGAAAAGUACGCCCCCGAGCUAUCCGCCGUCCGCAACGAACGUGCCGCCCGCGACGCGGCCCGAAACAUACGAUCCGAACAAGAUUCCGCCUACGAACGAUCUCUCGCCGUCGACAGGGAACGAGCCCGAAAGCGACGAGAGGAGCAGGCCGCGGCUGCCGAAGCCGAAAGGCGGGCGGCGCAAGAGGCCGAGGAGGCAGCUAGGAGGGCCGAACUGCGGGAGCAAUGGAGGCGCUGGAGGGCGGGCACGAUUGCGCCCGAACCUGCGGCCGGUACUAAGGGUACCGUGCGCAUAGCGCUGAAGUUCCCUGAGCGAGCCGGCGGCGAAAGAGUCGUCCGUCGGUUUGACGGAGAUACGACCAUGGAGGAGCUCUACGCCUUCGCGGAGUGCCAUGACCUUCUUUCCUCCGAGGAUGGCCCGGCUGAUAGGCCCGAGGGAUAUGACCACGAGUAUGAGUUUGCUAUUGCGUCGCUUAUGCCGAGGCAGGUUUACGAACCGAGCGAGACUGAUACGAUGCGCGAUGUGAUCGGCGCGUCGGGAAAUCUAAUUAUAGAGGAUCUCUAA